AUGUCGAAGCAACCGAUUGAUACAUCUAAUGAAUUCAAGACCCAAAAGGAUUUAGAAAUUGAUCCAGAGUGUGCGCUCGAACAUGAUCGGCAAAUGUUGCAACAGCUUUCUGAGCAUGCCUCUGACCUGGAUUCCCCUAAUGUUGCUUCCAAUGGCGAUAUUCCACUCGGGUUUGACCUUUCUGGCAUUCCAAUUAAUAUGACUCCAGAUUUUUAUCUGCGAAUGAACCAAAAUAUGGAAUACACUUUUAACCAGUCAAAUCCAGUUGCCUCUCCUCAAUAUCUACUUCGCAGCUCUCUGGUUCCGACUUUGGCAAAUCUCAGCAAUAUCAUUUUGUCUAUUCUUGGGAAGCCUGUACAAGAGGCUUCAGCCAUCGUUACAAAUCCAGCGUCAGAAAUGGGAAUGGCCUUCACAAAGCUGAUGAGCAUGUUUCGUAUGAUUAAAGACAUAUACACCGAGGAUUCGUUCAUUUACCCCGCCGUCAUUAGUAUGCGUACUCCUUCUCAGCGAAGUGCCGUUCGUCGGGCCAAUUUGGCAAUUUUUUUGUCUGCAGUUUAUGGUGCUCUUCAGAUUGGUUUCUUCCAUUUAAACGAAAAUUUCCUGGAAGUGUUUGCUCCUGAUGAAGCCAACAUUCUUACCAACCAAGGCACCCUGUACAUGGAAUUGAAAACGCAGGCUUACAUUUCUGCCAUGGCUCAAGCAGAGCGACCUAAGGAAGAUAUUUUAAAUGACCUUUUCCCUUCCGAUAUGGCUCAUCGGUUUUUACUGCGCCGUAAUGCCAAGCUAGACGACAAGCUCACUUAUGUUGAGAAACAGAUCCUCGAGAAAUGUGCUGCUCGGAAAGAACGGUUAUCGAAUUUUACUCCUCAAGAGGCUUUAAACGAAGUUUAUCCCUGGGGAAAAUUUUUAAGUGAAAUAGCCUGCUAUAUUCACAACAAUCACUCAUCGAUUGCAGCUAUUCCUGUUCCCAAUGGCAAUGUCAAGCGGAAAGCGAAAAAACAGGGAGGUAGAUAUAAAUCAUGUGAGGAGAAUUCGUCUCCUUCAGAGUCUGGUUCUGAUUUGACAGACGGUUUAGCUUUUGGCCUACCAACAGCGACUUUGGAUGCUACUUCUGAAGCAAAUAAUGUUUCCAGUGUUGUAUUAUAUGAUCAGGUUCGCAGCAUGACAAAUACUGGUAAUGGCAACAAGCGAACCAAAAAAGUUGCAAAUCGAAGGACGUGGACGAAGGAGGAAGAAGAAGCUCUUUUGGAUGGCCUUGAUUCAGUAAAGGGUCCCCGAUGGAGUCAAAUUUUGGAGCUUUACGGACCUGGUGGUAGAAAAAAUGAAGUCUUAAAACAUCGCAAUCAAGUUCAGUUGAAGGAUAAAGCUCGAAAUAUGAAGCUUUUUUUCUUAAAAAGCGGACAGAUUGUUCCGGCCCCUUUGCAAUGUGUUACUGGUGAUCUUCGGAGAGAGUAA